UCGGUGCUGUUACGAGUCAAGUACAAGUUGCGAAAGCAUCAAAAAGCCAAAAGCACCAUCCCCAAGAUGUUCCAGGAUGUUGUCCGCAGGCAUCCCGACAAAGUGGCCCUGAUUUACGAGGCCACUGGUGAGCAGUGGACCUUCAGGAAGCUGGAUGAGUACUCCAACGCCGUGGCUAACUACUUCUACCAGCAAGGCUUCCGCCUGGGGGACGUCAUUGCCAUCUUCAUGGAGAGCCGCCCCGAGUUCGUUGGCCUCUGGCUAGGGAUGGCAAAAAUCGGCAUCGAGGCGGCUCUAAUCAACUUCAAUUUGCGCUUGGAUUCUCUGGUUUACUGCGUGACGACUUCGGGUGCGAAAGCCGUGAUCUUCGGAGGGGAGCUGUCUUCAGCAAUAUCUGAAGUGAAUGGGAUGUUGGGGAAGAACAUGGCAAAAUUCUGCUCUGGUGACUAUAACCCGGGUGUGGUUCCUGUGGAGACCAAACAUCUUGAUCCCCUUCUGAGUACCGCCUCGAAAUCGCCCCCGACUCAGAUUCCACUCAAAGGUUUAGAUGAUCGGCUCUUCUACAUCUACACCUCAGGAACAACGGGAAUGCCCAAAGCCGCCAUCGUGGUGCACAGCAGGUAUUACCGUAUCGCUGCCUUUGGUUACUACGCCUACAAAAUGCACCCGCAGGACGUCCUCUACAACUGCCUCCCCCUUUACCAUUCCGCAGGUAACAUCAUGGGAGUUGGGCAAUGUCUAAUCCACGGCCUCACCGUGGUGAUCAGGAAGAAGUUCUCCGCCAGUCGCUUCUGGGACGACUGCGUGAAAUACAGAUGCACGAUUAUUCAGUAUAUCGGGGAAAUCUGCAGGUAUCUUCUGAAUCAGCCGGUCCGAGAGUCAGAAACCCAACACUGCGUGCGGCUGGCGGUGGGCAAUGGUUUGAGACCCACCAUAUGGGAGGACUUCACAAAGCGCUUCCGAAUUAAGCAGAUCGGAGAGUUCUACGGAGCCACGGAGUGCAACUGCAGCAUUGCCAACCUGGAUGGGAAGGUCGGCGCCUGUGGUUUCAACAGUCGGAUUUUGCCCAAUGUUUAUCCCAUUCGUUUGGUGAAGGUGAACGAGGACACGAUGGAGCUGAUCCGGGAUUCCCGUGGGCUGUGUAUCCCCUGUCGCCCAGGAGAGCCGGGGUUGCUGGUCGGUCAGAUAAACCAGCAGGAUCCCCUGCGUCGGUUCGACGGCUACGUCAGCGAGAGCGCCACCAACAAGAAGAUCGCUUACAACGUGCUUCAGAAAGGGGACCAGGCCUACCUUUCAGGAGAUGUGUUGGUGAUGGACGAACUCGGUUACAUGUACUUCAAAGAUCGCAGCGGCGACACCUUCCGCUGGCGAGGAGAGAACGUCUCGACCACGGAGGUGGAAGGAGCAUUGAGUCACAUCCUCAACCAGACGGAUGUUGCAGUGUACGGAGUGGAAGUACCAGGGGUGGAAGGCAAAGCCGGGAUGGCGGCCAUCGCCGAUCCCAAAGCUAAAGUCAACCCCAACGUCCUGUACCAGGAGCUGCAGAAGGUGUUGCCUCCCUACGCCCGGCCUGUUUUCCUCCGCCUCCUGCCCCAGGUGGACACCACAGGUACAUUUAAGAUUCAGAAAACCCGCUUACAGAGGGAAGGAUUCGAUACAACCUCGGAUCGCUUGUAUUUUCUGGAUCUAAAGUUGGGAAAAUACGUUCCUCUGGAUGAAUGCCUUUACGAAAGGAUUUGUUCUGGAAAAGCCGCUUUAUGA